AUGAAAUCCAAUUCCCACAUCUUAUUCUCUUUAUUUUUCUUCUCUUUAACCUUGAACACCAUCCGUGUUCUUGGUAAAGCUUCUAAUACUUCAGAUUCAGAUUCUUAUAUCCUUUCCUGUGGCUCUUCAAGUGGUGGCACAGACUCUGAUGGCCGAAAAUGGAUAUCAGAUUCCAAAUUCGCUGCCUCUUCCAAAAACACAGCAAUAGCUACUGCCAAAUACCAAGACCCUUCUCUGCCUUCCCAAGUCCCAUAUAUGUCUGCAAGAAUUUUCAAGUCUGAAUACACAUACAAGUUCUCUGUUUCACCAAAGAAGCGCCUCUGGAUCAGACUCCAUUUUUAUCCAUCAACUUAUAGCAAUCUCAAUUCCUCUGAUUCCUAUUUCUCUGCUGUCGCAAAUGGUUUCAUUCUCCUUAACAAUUUUAGUGCGUCUAUUACAGCUAAAGCUCUCACACAGGCAUAUAUUGUUAAAGAGUUCUCUCUCAUUCCUGUCCAAUCUGGCAGCCUCAGUAUCACUUUCACACCCUCUUCAAAAUAUGCAGGAUCAUUUGCUUUUGUCAAUGGCAUUGAGAUAAUUCCCAUGCCAGAUAUAUUUCAGCCUGCAACUUUGGUCGGGUUCUCUGACCAAUCUGUUGAUGUUCAAAACUCUUCAUUGCAAACAAUGUUUAGGCUCAAUGUUGGUGGACAAAAUAUUCCUGCAACUAAUGACUCCGGACUUACACGGAUAUGGUAUGAUGAUUCACCAUAUAUAUAUGGUGCAGCCAUUGGAAUCACUUCACAGGCUGAUAGUAAUGUUAGCAUUCAAUAUUCAUCUGAUGUGCCAGAGUACGUUGCACCUAUCAAUGUGUACAGCACAGCGAGAUCAAUGGGACCAAGUUCAGAAGUCAAUCAGAAUUAUAAUCUCACAUGGGUGUUUCAGGUCGACGCAAAUUUUACUUAUGUUGUUAGGUUCCAUUUCUGCGAGUUCCAAGAAACCAAGAUCAAUCAGAGAGUGUUUGAUAUAUAUGUGAACAACCAAACAGCACAGCCAUCUGCUGAUGUCAUUGCGUGGGCCGGAUCAUCAGGAGUGCCUGUGUAUAAGGAUUAUGCAACUUAUGUUAGCGAAAGUGGUGGUGAUGAACAAAUUUGGGUGGCAUUGCACCCUUCUGUAUCAUUGAAGCCGGAAUUCUAUGACGCCAUUCUUAAUGGAUUGGAGAUCUUUAAGGUCAAUGACUCAAGUGGGAACUUGGCAGGGCAAAAUCCUGAGCCAUCAGCAAUGCUGCUUCAGGCUGAAGCUGAGGCAGUAAAGAGUUUUAGUUCAUCAGGAUCCAAUGGUCAUGUUCUGGUGAUUGGUGGGGUUAUUGCUGGAGGGGCUGCUGGAUUUGCUCUGGUUGCAGCUAUUGGCUUCAUUGUCUACCGCAAGAUUAAUGCUAAAGAAACGGAUUCUAGGACAGGUAAUUGGUUGCCACUCUAUGGCGGUUCCCAGACAUCAACAAGCAAAUCAACAAUCUCUGGCAAGAGUGUAGGCAGUAGCCACCUCAAUACUCUGGCAGCAGGACUAUGUAGGCAUUUCUCAUUAUCAGAGAUUAAACAAGGGACAAAGAACUUUGAUGAAUCACAGGUUAUUGGGGUUGGAGGAUUUGGCAAGGUUUACAAAGGUAUUAUUGAUGGAGCGACCAAAGUGGCUAUUAAAAGAUCAAACCCAUCUUCAGAACAAGGAGUUAAUGAAUUUCAGACUGAAAUUGAAAUGCUUUCAAAGCUGAGACACCGGCAUUUAGUCUCUUUGAUUGGGUUUUGUGAGGAGAAUGGAGAGAUGAUUUUGGUUUAUGAUUACAUGGCCAAUGGGACUCUAAGGGAGCACCUUUAUAAGAGCAACAAAACUCCUAUAUCAUGGAAGCAAAGGUUAGAAAUAUGUAUUGGAGCUGCAAGGGGACUUCACUAUCUUCAUACUGGAUCCAGGUAUGUCAUCAUUCACAGGGAUGUGAAAACUACAAACAUUUUAUUGGAUGAUACUUGGGUAGCAAAAGUUUCAGACUUUGGGCUAUCAAAAACAGGUCCUGAUAUUCAUCAGACACAUGUUAGCACAAUGGUGAAAGGUAGCUUUGGGUACUUGGAUCCGGAAUACUUCCGCAGGCAACAAUUGACAGAAAAGUCUGAUGUCUAUUCUUUUGGGGUUGUCCUUUUUGAAGUGUUAUGUGCUAGGCCACCACUUAAUGCUACCUUGCCUAAGGAACAAGUUAGUCUUGCAGAUUGGGCUUUGCACUGCCAGAGAAAAGGAAUUCUUGAGGAUAUUAUUGAUCCUCAUCUUAAGGGAAAGAUAAAUUCUGAGUGCUUGAAGAAGUUUGCUGAGACAGCUGAGAAGUGUUUGUCUGAUCAUGGGCUUUAUCGGCCUUCAAUGGGAGAUGUGCUAUGGAACCUUGAGUUUGCACUCCAAUUACAAGAAAAUCCAGAUGGAGCAGGAAGGAUUGCAGAAGAGAAGGCAAAUGGUGCAUAUGCUAAACAUAAUGAUAUGUUGAAGAUUGAGGAGGAAACUGCAGCAAGUGAGGACACGGAUGACUUGAAUACAAAUGCAGCUUUCUCACAGCUAGUAAAUCCUAGUGGAAGAUGA